UAUUUUCCGAACACCCUGUAGAACUAAGCUACUGAAACAAAUGAGCUUCGUGGAAAGUCGGCAGUGCUCGUCGAGCCGCCAUUAUUAAGUAACGAGCGGUGAUCCGGGGCGAAAAUCAAAAUUGGCUUUGUUUUGAUGGUGGUGUGGCACUUUUAAAAAUCUUUCCCAAAAUGUCGGGGGAGGUGCGAAAACGCAAAGACAAAAAGAAACGCAAAGACGAGGAUUUGAGUCUCGGGGCUUCGAACGAAGACCUCAAUAUACACGUUUAUAAGGAAGGAAGUACCGGAGGGAAUAUCUGCGCCAAAAUCGUCUUCGUCUUACUUUUUUCCGCUCUAAUUGUCUUAAUAGGGCUGAUAGUCAAAGAAAAUCAAGGCCUAAACGAACUCGAACACGUUCCAGUAGAAUCUCGUUUCUCUCAAAUAUUCGAAGGAUGGGUCGAGAAAAAUUCUGGUGAACACGACGAAGACCAUCAAGAUUCCCAUCAACUAUCACACGAACACGAUGACGAUGAUGAAGAUGACCACAACGAAUCCGAAGAACACCCAGCAGAAGUUUCGGAGGAAGAACAGUCUCAGGAGUACGAAGAUGAAUCAGUUCCUCAAUCCGAAGAACGGACUGAAGAAACCGAAGAAGAACCUCAAAGCGAAGUUGAAGAAGAUGAUGAUAAUACUGUUGAGGAGGAAAAUGAAUCAGAAGAAAAGUCCAACAGUGUAGAGGAAGAAGAGGAUGAAUCUAAAAAUGCCCCAGAUGAAAGUACAGAGGAUAAUGAUCAAGCUGACGCUGAAGAAGAAGAAGUUAAUGAAGAGACCGCUGCAGCGGAUGAAGAACCUGAUUCAAGUACAGAAAAAAUAGAAGUAGAACAAGAAGAAGUGCCAGUAAUUGAAAAAGUCGAAGAUGUCAAGCCCAAAGAGAGCUCUGGCCUGGCUACAAAAAUUGGCGUAGGAGUAGCUCUCCUGACUGUAGCAUACAACGUCUUCCUUAGAAAAAGACGACCCGAUCCUCUAGAGAUAAAACCAAGCCAAGACAACGAACCCACCCCUAACAUAUCGCGGAGAAACACAAUAAUACCACCACCGACUCUUCAAGAAGUCGAGGCAGAUUUGCCCGACUUAGAGUACGAGGAAGAAGCCUAUUCGGAACAAGAAGACGAUUAUAGCGAUGAAGAUAGUCAUAGUGAGCACAGAUCAGCUAGAGAAGAAUACGAGGAUCUUAGAGAAACGUACACCAGCUCGAUGACACCGGAGGGAGAGUUUGACGCGAAGUUGAAAAAGUUCGAAAACGACGUCCUGAAGGACGAAGAAGAUUUGUUGGAGGAAGAAGACUUGGAGGAAGAUAUAAAUAAUGAGGAGAUUGAGUCCGAAGAAGACUAUGAUGAUGAGGACGAGGAAUUGCUGAAACGGCUUGAGGCUAAAUACGGAAAAUUAGGAAGAGAUGUGAAUGUUGGCGAUGAAUCUGAGUCGGAAGGCGAAUAUGAACAUUCCGACAUUACAAAUGUACGAGAUUAUGAAAUAAAGAGCGAUUUAGAUGCAGCACAGGAGCAUCUAAAGAAGAAUGUUGCUUAUGCUAAUAAACUGUUUGAAGCCCUCCUGCAAAAAUACCCUAAUUCUCCGCGUUCAUUGUUUGGAAAAGCCCAAGCUUUGGAUAUAAUGGCUGAGCAACAGCAAAGGAAUGACCUGCUACAGCAAGCUUUACACUAUUAUUCGAGAGCUCUUAAAGUCAGUGAUAUUCCUGAUCAGUUGUUUGUAAUCGCAGCCGAAAGGUACAUAGAUAGAGCUAGAUUUCUAGGACAGUAUAGUAAGGCUGUUAAUGUUCAUUGGAAAUUGAUUGAAAGGUUUCCUGAUAACGCUACAUAUUUGAAUAAUUUAGCUGUGACAUAUUUAACGGUCAAUUCGGUUGAUGAAGCAAGAACUGUGUUGAAAAGAGUUCUAGGAAAAUGGCCGAAUGAUGGGUUUGCUCUAGUCCACUACGGGUUUAUUUUAAAGACGACCGAUAACUUGUUACAAGAAUCAAUUGACUAUAUGUCCAGAGGUUUGAAGACUAAAGCCCAAGGUGUAGUUGAUGGACGAUUCUACUUCCAUCUUGGUGACGCCCUUUCUAGACUUAACAAGCCUGAUGAGGCCAUGAAAGUAUAUGAAGAAGGCGUAAAAGAAAAAGUGUUUAUGUCAAAAUACCAAAGAUCCCUGUACAACGUCCCAAGGCUUACCGCAAAACCAUGGUGGAGCCUGGAGGACCUACCUUCAUACAAAAACCUGUUUUCCAUGUUAAAAGACAACUGGAAAAAAAUCAGAGAGGAAGGACUGUCUGCUUUGAACAGCCAAGGGUAUUUUGAGGACGAGGCUGAGAAUCUUAAAGACACCGGGACUUGGAAACAGUUUGAACUUUUUGCCAGGAGCAGAAAACACAAGAAAAAUUGUGAAAAAAGUCCUGUUACUUGCGGAAUUAUCCAGAGCUUUCCAGAUGCAAGCAACUGCAAACGGGGCCAGACCAAAUUUAGUGUCAUGCAUCCAAACACCCACGUUUGGCCACAUUGUGGACCAACCAAUUGUAGACUUAGGAUUCAUUUAGGAUUAAAAGUUCCACCAAAUACUUUCAUUAGGGUUGCUGAACAAAUAAGAUCAUGGAAAGAAGGAGAUGUAAUAAUUUUCGACGACAGUUUUGAACACGAAGUGUGGCAUAAUGGGACAGAUUUAAGACUUGUGUUGAUUAUAGACGUUUGGCACCCAGAACUAACGUCAUCUGAAAAAAACAGACUCUCAUAUAUCUAGAAUGGAUAAUAUCGUUUAUUACUCUAUUCCAAAUAUAUCAUUUUUACUUGUUGUUGUACAUAUUGUCAAUAUAUAUGUAUAUGAGAACGAU